GUUUGAACUCCCUUGAGGAGCGUUUUCGGCAUUAAUUAGUAACGCGCCGCAGAUUAAAAUACCGAAAAAACCAACGUAUUUUUCCUUUGGAAGUAUUCCUUGGUUAAUCAUCAGUCAUCACUCGGAAGGCAAAGUGAGGGAAAGAACUGUUUCGGUGAAUGCACAGAGAGAAGCAGGUGAAUUCGUUUAGCGUAAAAAAAAUAGCCAAACCGUGUUCAUUAGAGGUUCGAACAUUUGUCGAAGUGCAUCGGCGGCAGUAAAUGCGGGUGUUUUUUGCGUGUUCGAAUUUAGUGUUGUUUUUAGUGUGGAAGUUGGAUUUAUUGAUGGUUUAAAUUGAACAGUGAGUCUCAACUGUGGUGUAAAGGGUGUGAACAAUUUUCCGGAUUGUUUAGAUGAUAAUUUUCGGAUGCAAUGUAGGCGAUGGCAGACUGGCAAAAAGCCUUCAACGUUCAUCGACUGUUUCGCAUACUUCUGCUGCUUCCCAUAUUGACCAAAGGUUUCUAGACGAUCGCUAUGAGUCCGUAAUUUUGGAUCCUGCCAUGAAAAACACUGUUUUAAAAAUCCAUCCUCGAGAUAUUCGGGCGUUUGACCAAGACGAGGGAAUCGGCGCCCCAAUCUACUACACCUGGAAUGGGGUUGGAAGCGAAUAUGCGAUGUUCCAGCUGAAUCGGGACACUGGCAAGGUUACUUUGGCGAAAAACUUUGCAGAAAACGACUUGCAAAGCCCGGCAAUUUUAGUAAUCCGCGCCACUCAGCUGGACAAUCCUGAUAGAUAUGCUUUGGCCACAUUGACCGUCACGCGAUCAUCAACGAAAGGCAUCAGAUUCAUCCAUCCAGUGUUCAAUUUCCGCGCAUCAGAAGGACUAAGUCCAGGCGCUCCAAUUGGCAGCUUAUCCAACAACCAUCCAGGACACCAUCUGAAGUACUUCGUCUCGGAUCAGAGUGUUCUGAGUGUGUUUGCCAUCAACACUUUGGGCGAAGUGUCCCUGAAGAACAAACUGGACUACGAAACCAAGCCCGAGUAUAUUUUCAAAGUGUUCGCCACUGAUGGAAAAACGAACGAUUCCAGUGUGGUGAACGUCACAGUAGAAAAUGUGAAUGAAUGGGAGCCACGGUUCCGGUACCCACAUUAUGAUUUCUUCGCUGGCAUGAAUGGAGGAGUGCACGAUUUGGUCGGAAAAAUCGAGGCUGCUGAUGGAGAUAGAGGAGAUCGACUGACUUUAUCUCUGAGUGGCCCUGAUGCUUCCAUGUUCUUCAUCACUCCUAAUGGAGAUCUUCGCCUCAGAGACAUCAAAGAUCUUCAAGGAAGCACAGCUACACUUACCGUCACAGCGACGGACAGCGGCGAUCCUCCGAAGAAAACCAGCGUUCCCGUCACUGUCCAUUUUCCCGGCUUCACUGGAGUUGCUGCGGCCGGGACUGCAGCCAGCAAAAGCUCGGGCAGCGGCCCGAUUCUACUGGCAGGCCUUGGAGUGGUUCUGCUCCUUCUGAGCUUAGUGGUCGCCGUCUUAGUCGCAUACAUUUACAAAGUAAAACGAAAAAGCAAUGCUGAGCAAAGUGGCGACGUGAAGGACAAGGCCCUGCUGAAAAGCCACAUCAGCAACCCGAUGUUUAGCACUGAUAAAAUGCGUCCCGGGACAGCAGUUGCGCUAGGUGGAAUACCUAGUGAAGCUAGUAAAUCAAGAGUACCCAGUCCGAAGGUACAUCCGGCUCCUCAACCUCCUGCAACGGACCUUUGGACUUCAACAGCGGGCCGAGUUAAGAAGCUAAGCUGGGGAGACAAGACUGAACCAGGAAGCGUCGAAGAUCUAGAAGAGUUGGAUACCAUUCCGAAAGUUUUAGAGAGUAACAAUCUCACUGUAUAUUUUUAGAAACUCUUAUAUACUUUAAAUGUGUGCGAAAGCAAACCUAGUUUUAUCAAAUUUGUAUUAGUUGCGUUCCUCAAUUUAAAUAAUAAAUUGCGAAGGGUGUCCAUCCGCGUUUUUUUGUCCUUCAAAAUCAAUUUUAGCACAAGAAAAACUGAAAAAGUGCCGCUUUUUCAGUUAAAUUUUCCCUCUAAUUGAAUUAAAUCUAUUUAAUAAAAAAAACUGGCGACAAGACAUUAUAGACACCCUGCAAAAUAGCUUCUAAUGUGUACGUAUACUUGUAAGGGCCGGCAGAUGCAUACAAUAUAGUUAGUUUAAUCAAUGCUGUUAUAUUAUUCUGUAAUUAUAACUAAGUGGAUUGUGUUAAAAUUGGUAAUAAAUAUUUAUUUCUUCUUAA